AUGCAAGGACUUCAAAUACGAACACCGGCAAAUGCUGGCAGCUACAAGAUCACGACCGAUUCGUCAAGGAAAGAAGUAGAAGAUCAAGAAAUGCUUACUCCUCCUUCCACACCUGCGCGGGCCAAGGCCAAUGAGCAGUUUCCUUCUCGGCGCUCACUGGAUGCUUGUCAAUCUCGUGUCUCGGAACUUGACUUCACUCCCGACUUGUCACAAGCACAGUUGCUAGGUGAAGGUGUGUGGAGUAAGGUGUACAGUAUUCCAGCUGUUCCUCUUAAUUCAAGUCAACCUGGACGCCCUAUGACACCACCUUCAACACCACAUAAAAGCACAUUUGCAUCGUCUCAGCAGUAUGCAAUCAAGACAGCGACACGCUCAGACGCAGCCGCCGUCUUCCAAGCCGAGGCACAGAUUCUCACGUAUAUCCAGAACUAUGAUUCAAGUUCUGAUUAUGUGGUCCCUUUCGUCGGUGUAUGCACGGGUACCUCAUCACCCUCUCUUCUCUUCCAGCGCGCGGAUGCUGGGAGCUUGGAAUCUCUUCUUGAGUCAUCAUCAAACCUUUCCCUUUCUGCAACUCUGGAUCUUUUCCUCCAUAUACUUCAACAAUUAACCCACGGUCUCUACUUCCUUCACAACACAACAAAUACCAUCCACGCCGACAUCAAACCUGCAAACAUCCUCCUCUCCUCAACUGCUUGCCCUUCAACACCAACAGCCCGCUACGCAGACUUUAGCACAAGUUUCGUGGCUGACACAACACCAUCGUCGCAUUCAGGAGGCGGCACCUAUUCCUUCAUGGCUCCUGAGCAACUCUCCCGCGACCCUGAAGCAUCUACUCCAACCUACGCCUCUGACGUUUACUCCGCGGGUAUCACCUUGCUUUCCUUCCUCUGUGGCGGUAACCCCUUUGCGUCCAUGCUCAACAAUGGUUUCCGUCUUCGAGAAGCGGUCAAAAUGGGCGAUGCCAUGAGCUGGGCUAUGCAAGAACCUGCUUUUGAAAACAGAGUUGAGCAAUUGCAAAAGAUCUGGGAGGAGAGAGGCGGUGAAGGCAAGAUUCUGGGAUUGGUGGCACCUGCCCUGAGGAAGAAGAGGGAAGACAGAAUCGAAGCUGGGGCAUGGUGUGGGAAGGUCGAUGCCGCCAUUGCAAAGUUGAACAAGGCGGAAUCGGUUGGGUUGGGUAUCAGAUGCUAG